AUGUACGAGGACGAAACCGCAGACCACAGAACAUCGACCUGUGGUAACGUCAAAAACUAUUUCAGAGAAUAUUGCAAUUGUUCAAGUAUACAUGGUUUCAGAUAUUUCGGAGAGAAACGAACACAUUUCGAACGUGUUUGGUGGUUUGUCGUAUUCAGUAUCACCCUAGCGGCUUGCACUAUUUCCAUUCGAGAAGUUUAUAAAAAAUGGUUAAGAAGUCCGGUAAUCGUAAGUUUCGCCACAAAAGGCACCUCGAUUCACUCAAUACCAUUUCCUAGCGUGACCAUUUGUCCUGAAACGAAAUCAGAUCAAUCGCUGUACAGUCAUACAGGGGUAGUUAGAAGAAAUGGUCAAAAUCUCACCGAAAAAGAGAAAAAGGUUCUGGAUUACAUGGGACUAAUUUGUGAUGAAAAUACUAAUAUAAAAUAUUCAGACACCAAGUUUUUUACUACUGAUUUUUACGAAACAAUCGAAGAAAUCAAUAGAGGUACUAAUCCAUUUUUAAAAUGUUUCCACAUGGGAAACAUCGAAAAUUGCUCGGAAAUAUUCAAGCCCAUUAUCACAGAUGAAGGUUUAUGUUAUUCCUUCAAUAUGCUGGAUAGAAGCGAAAUUUUUAGAGAUAACGUAUUCAUUUUUUCUGAUUAUUAUAAAGUGGAUGAAUUAACUCAUUACAAUUGGUCUAUAUCUGGUGGUUACAACGAAUCUGCUAGUUUAUAUCCUUACCCAAGAAGAGCCCUUUUGGCUGGUGCACAAAAUUCUUUAACUGUUCUACUGAAAACGAAUAAAAAAAAUUUGGACUACAGUUGCAAAACCUCUGUGCAAGGAUAUAGGGUAUCUCUACACAUACCUUCAAGAGUGCCACGACCGAGUCAGGAAUAUUUUAGGGUUCCUCUAGAUGAAGUUGUAUUAGCUGCAAUUCAACCAGAUAUGAUAAAUACCGAUGAAUCUGUAAAGUUAUAUAACGCAAAUAGAAGAGAAUGCUUCUUCGAGUAUGAGAAACAAUUGAAAUAUUUCAAGCUAUAUACAAAUCUUAAUUGUCAUUUGGAAUGUCUUACCAACUAUACCCUACACUAUUGCGGAUGCGUCGAUUUUUUCAUGCCGAGAGAAAACUCAACAAAUAUCUGCGGUACAGGUAGUUUGGAAUGCAUGAAAAAUGCUAAAACGGAAUAUGUACUAGAAGAUCUACGAUAUAAAAUGAAAAUGAAUGCUACCAAACGACAUAUAUCAGAAAAUAUUCGUGGAACGUCGUUAACGGACUGCAAUUGUAUGCCUUUGUGCUCUGAUCUCUCUUACAACGUCGAAACGUCCCAAAGUUAUUGGAACUGGAAGAAGACCUUUGAAGCAGAUAUCAAAAACCAAUCUAUAGUUAAUCCAGCUGAUGAGUUCUACAUAUCCAAGCUCAUUCUAUUCUUCAAAUCCUCACAGUUUAUUCCGUCUAAGAGGCAUGAGUUGUACGGCCCUACGGACUUUUUGGCGAAUUUCGGAGGAUUACUUGGACUCUUUACUGGAUUUUCGAUCCUUUCCUUUAUGGAAGCCAUUUAUUUUUUGACAGUCCGGUUAUGUUGCAAUUCAAGACUUUAUGGGUAUUGGGCAGGUCCAGAGAAGUGA